CGCAUGCUCAGUGUCCUUCCGACAAGUUGGCAGCAACAACACGGCCCUGGUCGUCGUCGCCGCUGCGGUAACGGAGCGGCUCGGGUGGCGGAGCCCGUGCGUGCGCCCGCCCGCCCGCCUUCCGUCCGUCGGUCCGGCCGUCCUCGGAGGCCUUUCCCGCGUCGCGCUCGGCUCCGCGGCCGUCCCCCGGGGGGCGGGAACGCGUGACGGGAGCCGGCGGCCCGCGAGCGAGGCCCCCCGCGGCGGGGCGGCUCCGGAGCUCCAGCGGCCCGGCCCGCGCGGUCCGCGGCGCGCGCGGCGGGGGAGAGGGGCCCGCCUGGGCCCGGACGCCGCGGGCGGGACCCGGGAAGCGACGGCUCGGCGGCGCGGAGCCCAGAUUACCCUGCUCACCAGAUGUCUGACAGCUCUUCUUGCAACAUUGGCUAUUGGUUUUCACUGCCUUCACAAGAUCAGAAUUACUCCAGAAAUUGAAGAAUUUGAUUUAAAAGAAAAAACUUAAACAAAUGGACAAUAUGUCUAUAACUAAUACACCAACAAGUAAUGAUGCCUGCCUGAGCAUUGUGCAUAGUUUGAUGUGUCACAGACAAGGUGGAGAAAGCGAAACGUUUGCAAAAAGAGCAAUUGAAAGUUUGGUAAAGAAGCUGAAAGAGAAAAAAGAUGAAUUGGAUUCCUUAAUAACAGCUAUAACUACAAAUGGAGCUCACCCUAGCAAGUGUGUCACCAUACAGAGAACACUGGAUGGGCGGCUUCAGGUGGCUGGUCGGAAAGGAUUUCCUCAUGUGAUCUAUGCCCGUCUAUGGAGGUGGCCUGAUCUACACAAGAAUGAAUUAAAACAUGUUAAAUAUUGUCAGUAUGCAUUUGACUUAAAAUGUGAUAGUGUCUGUGUGAACCCCUAUCACUAUGAACGCGUUGUGUCACCUGGAAUUGAUCUCUCAGGAUUAACACUGCAGAGUAAUGCUCCACCAAGUAUGUUAGUGAAGGAUGAAUACGUUCAUGACUUUGAGGGACAGCCAUCCUUGCCCACUGAAGGACAUUCAAUUCAAACCAUUCAACAUCCACCAAGUAAUCGUGCAUCAACGGAGACAUACAGUGCACCAGCUCUGCUAGCCCCAUCUGAGUCUAAUGCCACCAGUACCACCAACUUCCCCAACAUUCCCGUGGCUUCCACAAGUCAGCCGGCCAGUAUUCUGGCAGGCAGCCAUAGUGAAGGACUGUUGCAGAUAGCUUCAGGGCCUCAGCCAGGACAGCAGCAGAAUGGAUUUACUGGUCAGCCAGCUACUUACCAUCAUAACAGCACUACCACCUGGACUGGAAGUAGGACUGCACCAUACACACCUAAUUUGCCUCACCACCAAAACGGCCAUCUUCAGCACCACCCGCCUAUGCCGCCCCAUCCUGGACAUUACUGGCCAGUUCACAAUGAGCUUGCAUUCCAGCCUCCCAUUUCCAAUCAUCCUGCUCCUGAGUAUUGGUGUUCCAUUGCUUACUUUGAAAUGGAUGUUCAGGUAGGAGAGACAUUUAAGGUCCCUUCAAGCUGCCCUAUUGUAACUGUGGAUGGAUAUGUGGAUCCUUCUGGAGGAGACCGCUUUUGCUUGGGUCAGCUCUCCAAUGUCCACAGGACAGAAGCUAUUGAGAGAGCAAGGUUACACAUAGGCAAAGGUGUGCAGUUGGAAUGUAAAGGUGAAGGUGAUGUUUGGGUCAGGUGCCUUAGUGACCAUGCAGUCUUUGUGCAGAGUUACUACCUGGACAGAGAAGCUGGACGAGCACCUGGCGACGCUGUUCAUAAGAUCUACCCAAGUGCAUAUAUAAAGGUCUUCGAUCUGCGGCAGUGUCACCGGCAGAUGCAGCAGCAGGCGGCGACUGCUCAAGCUGCAGCUGCUGCCCAGGCGGCCGCUGUGGCAGGAAACAUCCCCGGUCCCGGGUCCGUAGGUGGAAUAGCUCCAGCAAUCAGUCUGUCCGCUGCUGCCGGCAUCGGGGUAGAUGACCUCCGCCGCUUGUGCAUACUCAGGAUGAGCUUUGUGAAAGGCUGGGGCCCGGAUUACCCGAGACAGAGCAUCAAGGAAACACCGUGCUGGAUUGAGAUUCACCUCCAUCGCGCUCUCCAGCUCCUUGAUGAAGUGCUCCACACCAUGCCCAUUGCAGACCCGCAGCCUUUAGACUGAGAGCUCUCACCACGGACGCCCUAGCCAUUUUCAGGAUGGUGGACUAUGAAAUAUAAUCCUGUUUAUAAUCUGAAGAUCUAUUGCAUUUUUGUUCUGCUCUGUCUUUUCAUAAAGGGUUGAAGAUGUGUUUGCUGCCUUGCUCUUAGCAGACAGAAACUGAAUUAAAACUUUUUUUCUAUUUUAAAACUUUUCAGGCAUGGCUCAGAGCUUGAAGAUCAGGAAGACCCAAUUCUUACUAAAUCUUCUCUGGUUGUUAUGUAUGAAGGAGUCACUCCAGUGCUGGGAACUCAGCCCUUGACUUGUGCGAGAGCUGCUCAUGCGCAGGACACUGGUGUGUUCCUCUGCAGAGCAGUUGUCAAAGUUAGCUCACCUGUUACUUAGUGAGCAGGUUAUUGUUGGACACGCCGUGUUCAGGUGCCACGUGGGCGAGUCAGUUUUACUGAAAGCAACUUCACUCUGUUUUAAAAACCUUUUAUCAACCUUUUAUCCAGAAUGUUUUUUGCAAGUUAAACAGUGAAGGUGAAUUAAAUUCAUACUGUCAGACUUCAGGGUUUUUUUUCCCCCAAGACAAAACACUAAUCUGUGUGCAUAGUGACAGUUCUUUACAAUUACCGGUCAAAGAAAUGCCAUGCAGAAUUUUUUUUAGCCCUAAUGGAUGACCAUUAUCAAGAUGUGUACUUUUGCCCUGUUAAACAGUAGAUGAAUUCUUCUAUAUUUCUAGGCAUAUGGUUGGUUAUUAAAAAAAGCCUAGGGGGAAUUUCUUUGCCCUUAAUUCACAGGGAGAAGGUUUUGUAUUUAUAAAACACUAAAAACAGUGUUGCUCUGCCUGACGCUUCACUGUUCUGCAAGGUGGCCUCAACUAAAAUAAUGACUGUUUUGGAGACUGCUAAAUUCUCUGUCACAUGCUGUGCGGAGUAAUGGAAACAUUGCGGUUCGUAAUGGGUAGUUUGGGUAUUUUUGUACUUGAUUUGAUGUGUGACUUUUUUUCAUAUACUGUUUAAAUCAUGUAUGUUUUGACAUUGUUUAAAAUUCAGUUUUUGUAUCUUGGGGCAAGACUGCAAACUUUUUUAUACCUUUUGGUUAUUCUAAGCCCUUUGUUUGACAUCAUCGAUGAGUCGGCAGUGACUUUGUAUAGAGACUGAACUAGAAGAGCUGCAGAUGUGUUGACUGUACCACAGACACAUGUAUACUUUUUACCUAGUUAGUAGCGUAAAUAAAACUGAGUCUCAAUAUGCAAAGUUGAAUUCUAGGUUUUGUUUUUAAAAUGCUUUCCUUUUGCACUUUUGAGUCCAAUCUCAGUGGCAAGACACCUUCUACUAAAUGACAGGCAACAGCCAGUUGGCUUAUACAGCUCUGGUUUCCCUCACACUCUACCAGGACUUUCCCAUGUACAUUAUGUAUCAUGUGUAGACUUGGUUAUUUUCUGAAUUUUUAUUUUACUGUAGCGAAACUAGGCCUGGGGUUAAUAGUGUGAAUAAAAUCAGGAUCACCAUCGAGAUGCUUUUAGGCCUUGCUCUGAGAGUUCUCUGGGAAUUUUGCAGUGCGGCAGGCGUCUGAGCUCUGGAAACACUUGCGCAGCGUUUUCCUUGUGCUGCAGUGAACAGGUCCCUGCGGCCAGAGACCCCGACUGCUGCCGUGACAAAGUGGAAAUCUCACCCCACCUUACACACCUUGUUUUUUAAGAAGCCUCUUUACUGGUUCAUUUCUAAGAACUUAUAAAUACUUUUGCUACAGACCUAAUUAUUAUCUGUAUAAGUUUAAGGUAAUUUUUAAAAAAUGUUGUAUUGGCAGAAUUAUAAAACGCUACCUUGUCUAGAAAGUUUGUCUUUAGAUCCCUUUUACUAUGACUGGGGUAUAGGAGUGAGAGGGGAGAGUUUUAAUGUAACAGACUUUCAAGAGUCCAGGUCAUCCGACUAGAACAUUGUCCAUGCCAUGGGACACCUUGAUGUUUCCUUUUCUAUUUUACGGACAGGUUUCCAUGUUUGAUCAUCUUCAUAAAGUAUGUGGGAAAUAUUUGUUAAGAAGUAUCUCUUCAGAGCCAAGCCACCUGUCCUGGUUUUUUUUUACUAAGAGCCAUAGAAUUUUCUCCUAGUUCUUGAUGAUACUUGUAAUGUGACCGUCCUAUGCUUUUAUAAACCGUUUCUUUUUGUUCCUUGGAAGUUGCCAUCUUUGAUGAAUAAGACUUUAAAAAAACUUCCCUAAGCUUCAAAAUUUUGUGUCCAUUUUAGGAUAAAACAGUUUCUGUAGUUUUCAGAGUCUGAUUACGAUGUGGGUGUAGUUCUGGGUGUUGGUCUCUGAUUCAUAGCUCAAGAGUCUCCUAAGAUCAAUUUCACUGGACACUGAGUGAGAGAUGAAAUCGGCCCACCCGGUUUGAAACCCAUUCUACUUUUGUCUUGUGCCUUUCUGUGCAUAGUUAAAGGGAAUCCUUAAUGGUAUUUGCCUUUAUUUGCUUGGAAGUAGAUUCUUUUGUGGGAUAGAGUCUACCUUAAUUGUUCUGCUUUACUGCCCCUGCUGGACAAAGAUGAUAAACCACUGCCAUGUACUUGCUUCUCAAACACCCACAGUUCCUAUAAACAGUACAGGUUCACAGACAGGAUGAGGCGCCGUAGGGGACAUACCUGGGAAAUCCAGCAACACAUGAUUAACUAUGCUGUAUUUCAAAGUUAAAAAUCCAGUUUUAUAGGGAGUGGUGUGGUUUGUGUAGGCAACUUUAAAGGCAAAGUAAACUCAGAGGUUUUACAGGUUGGAAAAGGGAAUCUUCCAGAAAUACUUGUGAGGUAUCUGUGGAAGUGAAGUAUAUUUGCCCCUGGUCUGCUGCGAGUUGGCUAAUUGCCGCUCGUUAGGGUUUUUUGUUGUUAUUGUUGCUUUAUUUGUUUUUAAUUUCCAUUUGUUGUUGCAUCCAGUUGAGACCUCUUGGAAGGAGCAGUUUUAUUUGGAGUUGGCCAGAGUUCCUUUUGGUAGUUUGUGUAGGUUGCUGUCUGCAUCGCUGUCAUUUUACUUCAUGAUAGAGAGUGGUGAAGAGGAGAGCUAGGUUACUGCAGCAAACGUGAGCAUGAACCCUGUCACAGAACAGCUCUCAUAGGUGGGGCCUGGAGACCAGCAGGGUGCACCUCAGUGCGGGGUGGGGGGAUGCCCCUCCCCCGUAGACGAACUCAUCUCGCUACACAGCGGUCUGUAAAUAGCCCCUGGAAUCCUCCUCCGCAUGAUCGUAAAGAAAAGACUCCUGCUCAAGCCUUCCCAGUUUUCCCCUCUAAUAACCAAGCCAUUUCUUCUCUUGUGAUACAUUAAGAAGUGUGUAAAAAGCCAGUGGCCUUAUCCAUAGCAGCGUCCUUGGCAGAGCCUCUGACCUACACUUUCGGUGCAGCGAGAUUGUUUAUCUGGUGUUACUGAAGAGUGAAGGUUUUCAUCAUCUUGCCUUAUUAAAGAGUAAAACCUUUUAAAAAUUAGCCAUUUGUUGGUGGGAGCUAUUUAACAAAUCCGGAUGUCUGGGUAUACCGUUUCUUCUCUUUUUCCUCUACUGUCUCUGUGGGCUCUGGGCCUCUGAGGUAGACAGCACUAUGUAGCCUUUUCUGAAUACCCAAGACUGCUGUAGUUUGGAUAUUUUCAUUUUGAAUUCUCUUCAUCUUCUUUUCUGACAGCUACUACUUCUUGGGUGGUUGGCAGUCUGCCUCCUUAGUGUUCUCAUUGUGUUCUAAUUCAUUGGUCCUAACUGCUUAGCUGAGGAAAGCAGUUGAGGGAAAUUAGUAGUGUUCACCCAGGACACUUUCCUCUUGGCGUUGAAAAGGACUUUGGUACAUUGCUGUUUGGCAUUGAUUCGAUUGCUUCCAGUGGUCUCUGAUUCUUGAUGAGUUUUAUAUGGUUGAUACAGAGAGAAUUAAGUCAUAUUCAUAGCCCCAUAGCCUCCCUUCCCCCAGUGUUUGGAGAGGUUUAGUCUCCACACAAUUCGCUCCUGAGAACUGUUCUGUUUGCUGGAGACAUCAGCAAGCCACACACGCCCUCUUCUGAAAGCGUCCUUGCUUGUUUGUGUCCUCCGAACCCCACUCUGGCCGCCGUCCUCUGUAGAUACUUCUGACCUUUAGGUGCCUUUAUGAGAAUUGAGGGUCUGAUAUCAUGCCCCAAGGAGUGGCUAAUGUAAUGACUGAUGUUUUCAGGGAUUUUAGCAUCAGACUUAAAAUGAAUGAAUGAAGCUUUUUAUUCCUUUUUUUAAUGUGGGAAGAACUGAGAAGAAUUUUGGUGAAGACAAUCAUUUCUCUGUGUUCACACAGUUUGUUUAAGAUGUUUUUUCAGUUGGUCCAGAGUUCAUGUUCCUGUUCAACCAAACACACGUGGCUCUGGACUCAGACAGUAGCACUUAUGGUUCACGAUUUAGUGUGUCCUGGGCCUCCGCUGCCUCACCUGUGAAGUGAGGCCAGGACUGCCCUGCAGCUCUGGCUUUUAAGUGACCUUGCAGCCCUUUGCAUUUGCUCUGUCCAUUUGUUCUGCUCUUUCAGGGGGGUUCUUGCUUAUUGUUUUGUUAUUCAGUGAGACAGGCUUGAUCUUUCAUUAGUUGAUCUUCUGUGGACAAGUAGUUACAUAUGUCCUUAUGACUUACUUUAACCAAAGGCCUAGCACCACCUUAGGGGCUGCAGUGAGUCCACCGCGAAACAUAAACAGCUGGGGUGGGGGAGCCUCCAUUUCCUUUUCCCCGUUGUCUGCGUUCACAGCCUGUCUAACGGCUCUUCUGAGUCGUGGCAUUCUGACACAAGUUGGUAUGUGUGACACUGUCUUCCUGAGUGCUGGCAGUUCUUCACCUAAAAUGGAUUGAAAUCCUGUUAAUGCCUGCUGAUAUCAGAGGUCCUUUCUUUGGGUGUUUAGUUGCUUAACUCUUCUACGCUCAAAACAGGAAGUUCUCCAGAAUUGUAUCAAUAUUUUAAUUGAUGCUAUGAAAACCAGUAUCAGUGAAUGCUUAUUCACUUCAGUUUUGCCUCUUUUCUAUCCAUUUUGAUUAGACAACUUUUGGCUGGAUCAUUCUUUCCAGAGAGUUCUCUUCCAACCUGCUUGGAUGAGUAUAAUAACUGAAUUUGUUAUUUUUAAGGACCUGGGAACCUUUCUAGGGGGUGGGCUAGGGGUGGGGGGGUUGGGGAGUCCUGGUAGAGGCCAGCUCUGCGGUAGCUGGUGGAGAAGGGACGAAACCAGCUGCUCUUGCUAAGGCUGCUUGUCAUUGGUAGAAGGACUCACGAGCUCCGAUUGGUUAAAAGGCUGACUAUGGAGUUGCAAACUUUCUCCAAAUGGAGGGUUUUUUGUUCAGUGCAUCGGACAUGUGACUUAGGAGAAAAGCAUGACUGCCUAUAGUGAUGAAAACUGGCGUGCCGCAGAGUCCAGUGUGGGAGAUGCGGCAGAGGUGCCGGGGACAGAUGCGGUCUCCCAGCUCUGUCUCCCGCUGGGGGCUACUCAGAGCUUGCGCUCUUAGGGAAGCCCGCAGACUCAGUUACUUCCUUUCUAUAUACUUUUGCCUGGUUGAAGUCUGUGGCUAAAAAUAAAAUAGUUGAAACUUUCUUGAGAACUCUGUAACAAAGUAUGUUUUUGAUUAAAAGAGAAAGCCA